CUGACACAGUUUGACAGCCGCCACAGCGCCCGUCUUCGCGCUCCGCGAUGCGUGGAGGCGCCAAACAGUGUGUCGUCGCAUAAUGGAGCCUCCUGGAUACGAAAGGACGUGAUCGAUCCUCCGAGCUUCGCUCAGUGAUGUGCGCAAGCAUGUUGACCGUGAAUCCGGUCGAGCUUUCCCAUCUUUGGCACGGAGAGCUUGGCGCGAUGAACGGUGAUUGGUGGAGAUGGCCAAGCUUCGAACCGCGCACCUCAAACGUUACGGAAAGCUUGGAGACAACACCUGCUUCAUGUCUGUCGAGCAAACCACAAUGACACCGGGACCUAAGCUAUACACGGCGCUGUUAAGGGCACUCGGGGGAAAUGAUGAGGCAAUUCGCGUUCUGGCUACGGAAUCUUCUCCAGGUGUUCCUCGCGACCGCGCACACGGGUCGGUCAACGCCUCGGCCCUGCCAGUUCUGGAAGUUAAACGCUCAGAAAACAACAUCAGGCCAUUUUGUCCAGGUUGCGUGGUUUCGAAGCUGUUGGGAUUCAACCAUCACGAGCAAUUGACCAUUGACCUUGGCUCGAAUGCCCUCGGGAUUAACAACGACCUUGCGCAACGGCAUCGCAAAGGAGGGUCCACAGCAUCAAUGGCCUUUCAGAACCAGCGCCUGCAUCUCUGUUACCCGGUUUGAAGUUUGAUUAGCCGUUAUGCUUACCAUAGCGACCACGUUGUAGUGGACACCAUGGCGCGUUGCUCAUGCGAUGGUGCGGGCAAGAUCUGACGAGGGCGAUCAACGGA